CCCCCCCCUGCCGCCUCCCGGCCUUGCGGGAGUCGGGUGGGUCGGUGGCUAUAAAGCUGCUGAGGGCGGGAGGCACGGUGCACUGUCCUCGGUGGAGUCUCCUUUCUGCGUCCAGGGUCCGGUGGCGUUGGGUGCCUGAAGAAGGAAACGGUGACCGACCUGGAGACUGCGGUUCUCUGUCCUUCACACAGCUCUUUAACCAUGCCUGGGUCACUUCCGUUGAAUGCAGAAGCUUGCUGGCCAAAAGAUGUGGGAAUUGUUGCCCUUGAGAUCUACUUUCCUUCUCAAUACGUUGACCAAGCUGAGUUGGAAAAAUAUGAUGGUGUAGAUGCUGGAAAGUAUACCAUCGGCCUGGGCCAGGCCAGGAUGGGCUUCUGCACGGACCGAGAAGACAUCAACUCUCUCUGCCUGACUGUGGUUCAGAAUCUGAUGGAGAGAAAUAGCCUGUCCUAUGAUUGCAUCGGGCGGCUAGAAGUCGGAACAGAGACAAUCAUUGACAAGUCAAAAUCAGUGAAGUCUAAUUUGAUGCAGCUGUUUGAGGAGUCUGGAAAUACAGAUAUAGAAGGCAUAGAUACAACCAAUGCGUGCUAUGGAGGCACAGCCGCAGUCUUCAAUGCUGUGAACUGGAUUGAAUCCAGCUCCUGGGAUGGACGGUAUGCUCUGGUAGUUGCAGGUGAUAUUGCUAUAUAUGCCACAGGAAAUGCCAGACCUACAGGUGGAGUUGGAGCUGUGGCUCUGCUGAUUGGGCCAAACGCUCCUUUAAUUUUCGACCGAGGGCUCCGUGGGACACACAUGCAGCACGCCUAUGACUUUUACAAGCCUGACAUGCUCUCUGAAUACCCCGUAGUGGACGGGAAGCUCUCCAUACAGUGCUACCUCAGUGCGUUGGACCGCUGCUACUCUGUCUACCGCAAAAAGAUCCGCGCCCAGUGGCAGAAAGAGGGAAACGAUAAAGAUUUUACCCUGAAUGAUUUUGGCUUCAUGAUCUUUCACUCACCGUAUUGUAAACUGGUGCAGAAAUCUCUAGCUCGGAUGUUCCUGAAUGACUUUCUUAAUGAUCAGAACAGAGAUAAGAACAGUAUUUACAGUGGCCUGGAAGCCUUUGGGGACGUUAAAUUAGAAGAUACUUACUUUGACAGAGAUGUCGAGAAGGCAUUUAUGAAGGCUAGUUCUGAGCUGUUUAACCAGAAAACAAAGGCAUCUUUGCUUGUCUCAAAUCAGAAUGGAAAUAUGUACACGUCUUCCGUAUACGGUUCCCUUGCUUCUCUCCUGGCACAGUACUCCCCUCAGCAGUUGGCAGGGAAGAGGAUCGGAGUGUUCUCCUAUGGGUCUGGCUUGGCUGCCACCCUGUACUCCCUUAAAGUCACACAAGAUGCCACACCAGGGUCUGCUCUUGACAAAAUCACAGCAAGUUUAUGUGAUCUUAAAUCAAGACUCGACUCAAGAACUUGUGUGGCACCAGAUGUCUUUGCUGAGAACAUGAAGCUCAGAGAGGACACACAUCACUUAGCCAACUAUAUUCCCCAGUGUUCACUAGAUUCGCUCUUUGAAGGAACGUGGUACCUAGUUAGAGUGGAUGAAAAGCACCGACGGACUUAUGCUCGGCGCCCCUCCUCUAACGGCCACAGUUUGGAUGAAGGAGUGGGACUUGUGCAUUCGAGCACAGCAACGGAGCAUAUCCCAAGCCCUGCUAAGAAAGUGCCAAGACUCCCUGCAACAGCAACAGAAUCGGAGUCAGCUGUCAUUACUAACGGGGAACACUAAGAGCUUUGUGGGGUGUGAGGCCUCACAGUGGCUUUGGGCUGGGCUGGGGAAUGGGAACAGUUGGAGAAUUGGAUGUCUGGGGACAAUUUUAAAGAUUACAUGUUGCUUAAAAUGUCAUGUAACUGACACAGAGCCUAGAAAACUGUUGUGUUCUUGGAGAAGUCUUUGCUGAACUUGCUAACACGCUUCCUGUUGUGGUCUGGCCAGUGGUGAAUGUACUGCAAUGAUGUUAAAGGCUCUGUAAACUUUAUACCUCUCUGGACGUUUAUAUGCAUGCAGUUGAGUUUUCAAACAUGGCAUGAACUGAGUGCUUCUGUCGACGAGCAGAGGUACUAGUAUCCAAUUUGAAAAAUUGGGUGUUUUUUUUUUUUUUUUUUUUAUUGUGUAAGAAUUUUAUACUUUAACAAAUAAAAGUACCUGUAGCUUUUGAAAAACUUUUCUAGGUUGGGGAUUGUGGAAUUUAAAUGUUACGCACAAACCCUGCUUGAAAAUGGCAAGGCAAAUGCUAUCUUUUUCGAAGACUUGUAAAUCCUGAAGAGAGACAAGUCCUAGGAUCUGGAGGAAGCAUCAGUGAGAAAGGUUAGCCGUGAUCACGUGAGCAAAAGGAUGCUGGCUCUGAGCAGGCCUCUGCCACAGCCCAGGUUCACCUGGGCGCUGUGGACACAGCUGGGGAACUGGGUCCAGCCGGUUCCUGGUGGCUGGUGUGAGGGAGCUUGCUGCAGUCCUAAGCCCCUCCUGGCAAGGAUCAGAUGUCCAGUAGGAGGGAUGGGGCAGGGCAUUAUUAGGUCACAGUGUUACAGGUCCAGUUUAUAGGCUGACAGCUUAAGUUCACCAGACACAUUUUUUUCUGUGUGGUUUGUGUAUUUCUGUGUUUUGUUUGUUUUUUUAUCUGUCCAAUGAAAAUAAGAAAAUAUAACCCACAUUUUCACAUAGUGAAAAUUUCACAUAGUCUGACCAGCCAAAAGAAAUAUUCUCUUCAAGAUCUAGAAGUAGAACUCACAACAUUUUUUCCUUAACUUUCACUUUUAAAACAACAAAAAACUACCACAAGAGAUGAAUAAGAAAAUUCAUUAGAAAGUUCUCUGGGUGAUUUUGGUGCUGAACAAUGACAUGAGCCUCAUAGACUGUAAAAUAGAGAUAGUUGGAACUAAUGUACAGAACUAAAUUUUUUUAACUUUAUUUGCUGUUCGAUUCUGUGAAGUUUCAGUUAUCUAAAAUAAACACAUAAAUGUGUGAUGUUUCAGAUUGCAAAGUAAUAUGUAAUGUAGCAUUUGUAAAAUAUUGUCACUAUUAACCAGUAGGAUUUUGAUUUGUACAGUUUUAAUUGGUUAAGAUGAUUUCAUUUUAACAUCCACUGCUAUAGAAGAAUAAUGUAAGUUCAGAUUUAAAGAAUGGUGGGGAAGUGGUGCAUGUAAUUCUUUCGCAAGUAUUGAGAGUUCUGUAUGUUUGGAAAAGAGUAAUUUAAUGUUUGGGUGCCAAGAAGUGGGUUUUCUCAGAGUCCAUUGCCGGCAAUGGGCAAGCCUGGCGAUUUUGGCACGGAGCAUUAACCACACAGCUUACUCAUAGCGAGAUGGAUAACUUUGAAAUAAAGUUUUAGACAAUAUUUCA